AUGAAGAAGGCGCCGACGCUGCUGCUCGCCCUCGUCGUCGCGGCCGUGCGCGGGGACGAUUGCUCCUCGUACGACUGGGACGACAAGGUCGCGUGCGACGAGGAUUCAGACUGCGUCUGGCUCCAAAAUUGGUGGAGCUGCCGCGACAAUUGUGAAGGGUGGGACGAGGACGGCUGCGACGAGGCUGACCACUGCGCGUGGAGUGACUCAUCGAACACGUGCUCGCUCAGCUGCGAGCACAAGUACAGCGACGACGACGGGUGCUGGUUCGAAGGCGGGAGCUACGACGUCGACGACGACCACCGCGACUGCUUCUCCGAGGGCUUGUGUACGAGCUCCGGGAACGACUGCUGCGCGUCGAUGGACUGGGGCGAGCCCGCGACGUGCGUCGAGGGCUACUAUCCCGUGCCGGCCUAUCCCACGAUGUCUGAAGACGACUGCUCCUACACCUGCUGCGCGACCGUGCCGGACGGCUACGACUACGAGGAACCGGAGGACUGCUCUGCGAAGCACGGGCGGCUCCAGGGGAGCUGCGACGCGGACGACGACUGCGUCUGGAUGGCCGGGUGGAACACGUGCAAGGACGAGUGCUCGAAUUUGGAUGAAGACGAUUGCCACGAUCACUGCGAGUACGACUGGGACAACGAGGAGGACGAUUGCGACGCGGAUGACAGCUGCCAGUGGGUGGCCGGGUGGAACACGUGCAAGGACGAGUGCUCGAAUUUGGAUGAAGACGAUUGCCACGAUCACUGCGAGUACGACUGGGACAACGAGGUCUGCUUCACGCGGUGUAAUGCGAAGUACCAGGACGAGGAAGAUUGCGACGCGGAUGACAGCUGCCAGUGGGUGGCCGGGUGGUGGAACACGUGCAAGGACAAGUGCUCGAAUUUGGAUGAAGACGAUUGCCACGACCACUGCGAGUACGACUGGGACAACGAGGACGACGGCUGCAACACGAAUUGGUACUACAAGGACUGGGAGCACGACGACGACGACGACGACGGCGGCGGCAGCUCGCUCGGCGCCCUCGUCGGCGCGGCCGUGGGCGGCAUCUCUGUCGCCGCGGCCGUGGGCGGCAUCUUCGCGACGGCCCUGAGCGUCGCCUUCGCGUCGAGCGUCAACUCGAUGCGCGACAUCUGCGCGAUCGGCCCGACGAUCGGCAUGGGCUUCAACGAGGCGGGCACGUACUUCAUCGGCCCCCAGCUGUGCUCCAUCGGCGGCACGCACUACAAGUCCAAGCGCAUCGUCCACGCGAACAGCGCCAAGGGCGCGUGCCGCGAGUUCUGCGCCGAGGCGGAGCUCAAGUUCUCGAGCGUCGAGCUCUUCACCUGCUACUGCUCCAAGUGA